GACUGCUAGAUGAUGUUCAGCAGCUUGCCAACGGCGCAAGAACGCGGUCAGGAAAUGCAAUCGCCCGUCAGCUCACCGGAACUCAUUGAUCCGCGCUACAAUCAUAUGCGAAUUCCUGCCUCAUCAAGCCGCAUCCUGUACGAUGUACCGUGCAAGGUAUGCCGGGAUCACAGCUCCGGUAAACACUACGGCAUCUAUGCUUGCGACGGAUGUGCCGGGUUCUUCAAGCGCUCGAUACGCCGCAGCCGACAGUACGUGUGCAAGUCAAAGUCCGAGGUACCGUGCGUGGUGGACAAAACGCACCGCAACCAGUGCCGGGCCUGCCGGCUGAAGAAGUGCUUCGAGGUAGGCAUGAACAAGGACGCGGUGCAGCACGAGCGUGGCCCACGCAGCUCCACGCUCCGCAAGCAGAUGGCACUGUUCAUCUCGAAGGAUUCGCCCCUGCGCCAUGAUAUGAUGCUGACGCCCGGCAUACCGAUCCCGCACCACGGGCACCAUCAUCACGCCCAUCAUCACCACGGGCACCACGGGCAUCAUCAGCCGUCGAUGGGGCUGGAUCUGUCGCUCGGUCGCAACCCGUUCCUUACACCGCCACCGUCGGCACCGACCACCGCCGCCCCCUACCUGCCACCGCCGGUGCUCUUCCCGGGGAUGCAAGCAUCCCAUCCGCUGGUUGCCGUGGACGCGAUCCGGGAAUCGGCCGCCCAGCUACUCUUCAUGAACGUGAACUUCCUCAAGAGCCUUACCCCGUUCAUCCAGCUCCCGAUGGCCGAUCAGCUCGUGCUGUUCGAGGAGUCCUGGCGGGAGUUUUUCAUACUCGCGGUCGCACAGUACCUAGCGCCGAUCAACUUUAGCCAGCUGCUGAUCGCCUACGAGUACCUCAACAACAACCGGGGCGAGACCGGCAACGUGAGCGAAUUUCUCGUGAAGGAGGUCGAAAUCUUUCAGGAAAUUCUCGCCCAACUGGCGGCGCUGCGCGUCGACCCGAACGAGUACGUUUAUCUACGCGCGAUAGUGCUGUACAAGAGUGAGUUCGACGCGGAAACGAGCAUCUCCAGCGUGAGCAGCGAUGGGUCGGACGUGACAACCGCAUCGUCCGCCGGUUCGGCCAAAUCGAUCAGUGAGCUAGCGACCGUCCGCGCACUGGAGGAAAGCGCCAAGGAAGCGCUUGCGUCCUACAUCAGCACGUGCCGGCCGGGGCCCUCCAACCGGUACCGGACGCUGCUCCAGCUGCUGCCCGUACUGCGCAACGUUUCCAGCUACACGAUCGAGGAACUGUUCUUCCGGCGUAACAUCGGGCCGGCACCGCUGCUUAAGCUGUUGCUCGAUUUUUACCGCCAAAAGUAAGA